AUGAAGCCAUACGGAAACAUGGAGAAGGCGAACCUCGACUUCCUAAUCCACAACAUCAUACUUCCCCCAAAGGUGCCCCAAGAGAGGCCUGACGACCUCCGUAAAAAAGAUUUUGGACUUCUACGAUUUGUUGCAGAAGUGGCCCAAAGCUACGCGAAAAGCCUUGGUAAUCAAGGCUGCGGUAUUGAAGUCGAGAAAGCGGCUAAUGCCUUGGACCGCAUGGUGAAGAUUCAUAAUCCUCACCUAAACUUUCAAAGCCAACUCCGGGCUGAAGUUAGAAGUUUGAAACCCGGUGACGCGUUUGGGGUUCAUAUAGUCGAACAGAACGCAGGAAUAACUUUCAGGCGUAUUGGAAACUCCCUUCAACUAGAAACCUUCGAAGUAUCUACUCCACAAAAUGUCCCGGUAGCGUGCAAAGGUCGAUUACAGUGCAACUAUCCGGGGCCGACAACCAUCAUCCCAUGGGAGAUCACGGAGGACUCAAGCUUUUUGGACCAAAUGAGCGAAUUUCUUCACCAUAUGACCAGCGAACAAUUCACAUCCGAGACGCUUUCAAAAAGUCGAAAAGGAGGUAAUACGCUCAAUGAGACCCGUAGUAGUCCGAGUCCCGAAUAUAUUAUCAGCCUUUUCACUGGGAUGAUGAGGGCGGUCGGGAAAGAGAUAAGGCCUGAUGCUCAGGUCAUAACCAAAAGCAUUCGGGAUGAAUGCAAUUGGAAUAAUGCCAACCUCCCAUGGAGACGAAGCGGGAUGUGGUUGGUAAUUCGUGUCGCUUUACAAACAACUAUUAGCGACGAACAAUACAAAUUACUGAUUUUGGAGGUGAUUCGGACUCUUCUUGACCAAGCGAUCAUCCGGAACCAUGAUAGCUAUGCGAUUAGCUGUAUCAGCAAAAAAUUGGCAAGACGUUGUCAGAAGAUGAAAGAUAAGGUGCCACCUGCUCCGCUGGCGCGCAUCAUGGAGACUACGGAAAGAGGGUCGGCGUUAUUGAAGAAGCGGUGGGAAAAGAUAGCUGCAGAAUCAAGUCGAACGAUAUCAUGGAGCAGCGAACUUAGCACUACGUCAAAUAUAGCCGAAAAUACUGGCAUAUUGUUAAAAAACUCCCUUUCGUGGAUAACGAAGAGACUCCAUGAAUACGAAAAUCCACAGUCAAUAGCCACUCGAAUAGCGGAUCCAACUGAAGUCGAGCGCUUCUUGUCACCUGACUCCUUUCCUUCAAUAUUCGGAAAUUCGGAAGUAGACAAAGCUAUAAGUGUCAUUGACUUCGAGACGUGGAUCCAAAAAAAUCUUGAGGCGUGGUGUUCCCAGACAAAUCUCAAUGUUGUGGGGACGCUGAACUCCAAGAUGAAAGAAUAUCAUAAAGAAGCUGCCAAAAUUUAUAAGGAUCACAACAUUCUUGACAUCUCAAGAAUGAUAUUGACAAUUAUUGAGAUGUGGGUGUUUUUGGACUCAUCAGUCUGUACUGAUGAGCCUCUUCUUAAGGAAUACUCGCCGGAGAUACCUCAUAACUUACUAGAACCGCUUCUUUUCAUCCAAAAGUCGGACAUGCAGCGUGUGGCUGAGGUUGAAAAGUACCUCUGCAAACGUCACUCCGAGUCCACUCUACAUUCCCCAAUAUUCGCUAGAUACGCAGCCCCAAAUUCCUUUGCAGCUCGAUAUUAUGCCACAAGUAGGCCUCUUCAAGACUUGCGAGAGAAAAUUACAACAAAAGCUACCCAACACCGAGAAGCUAAAAUAAAGGAACUUAAAAUGGAAAAUGCCAGGUACAACGACCUUAAGGAAAAGGCGAGGAAUAAAACAUGCGAUUGGUACUACAACGAAAGCGCUGGGCGUUAUAAACAUAAUCGUGGCUGCGAAAAGUGCCGAUGGAACAAAGAAGCGAACAAUAUGUCGAUUAUCGUCCAUGAGUGGCCACUUCCGUGUGAUGAAAUUGAAGCUCGGUGCGUUAUAUUCGAGCUACAGCCUCCUCCAGAUUUUGCACAAUGGCGAGACGCAACGUAUUAUUUGAUGAUGGAGGUUUGUUCGAUCGAUUCCGCAGCGAAAGCUGGGGAGGGUGAAUCAUACAGGUUUAAUAAUUGGGAGAGUCUGCACCAAAACGAAACCUGCCAGGAUUAUCGAAUUACUUGGGCAUCUAGAACGAAACCGAUUAGUGGUAGAUCUCAUUACAAACGCCGCGACAUCCCUGCGGUAGAGAGCGACGUGGUCGUGAACCACGCGGGUCAGUUUCGAUUAUAUGAUUCCAAAGAUUCAGGAUGGGUGGAGUCUCAGCACCGAACAUGCACUACCAAACCGCUUUGCAAUUCCCAGAUUCACGAUGGAACAUACAGGGAUCUAUCGUAUGCUGUCAACGAUGUCCUGCAUACACAUAACGAAAAUAUUGCGCGCCAAUUCGAAUGUCCAUCGUCGCUGACACUUCGCGAAUAUGACGCAUUCACGGGUCUUCGGUCAGGGUACUCUCUACAAUGGCAUAAUAUAUUAAUGGAACUACAUAAGAGAGAUCUGGCCUUUAACAAAGAUGCUGUCUACCUUCUUAUUUUGCACGCUGCCUGCCAUCUUGGGCUAACAAGCGGCCUCGAUGGCUGGUGUAGAGAGUCGCAUACUACGCUAUCCGAAGAAGGCUUUUCUCGGCAGCUAAUCGAUUGUUUGGAAAAAUCCUUGUCAAUUGUGAAGAGCAACUGGGAACAGGCUGUAACUCUCAAGACUUUAAUACUAUUAGCCCGAAGACUGAUCAGCUGUGGCCACAGUUCUGUAAAAUCUGACACUCUCGCCUUCUUAAGAGAAGCACGGCAGGUGUGCAACCCAUGGAUCGAAUCGAUUAAAAAGAAGAUUCAAGAAGCCCAGGAAGAAUCUAAGAUCAAAGAUCUACGAAAAUGGUUGCUUAGAUUAGCCGGUAUCCAACUCAGCACAUUUGACGUUGACCAAACUUUCCUUUCGGAAAUAUUCGAGGAACCUACGGAUGUUACCGAUUACUUAGUUUGCUUGAAUAUUAUUUAUGACAAUUCUUUGGGCGUUUUUCGAGGUUUACCUCGUGACCUCGAACUGUUGUUAGAGCAAAACAGGCGUUUUUCUGUCGUAGCCGAGAGCUUCAUCGAGGAGAAGCUUCGGAGUGACGAAGGAGGCGACAUCCUGACGUCGACCACCAAAAGAAUUUUGACGGAGAGGGCAAUCAGCGGGACUUGGGAGCAAGUGACUACCCCAGCCAGUAGAUGGUGGGCUCUACGGCCUUUUGCACCCGCGAAAGAAUCUGGAACGGUGGUCCACCUAAAUGUUCUUGAAGGAAAGAUUCUAGUCAAUGGGAAGCCAAAUGGUAGACUUCCAUCCGAAUACUUUACGCAUGAGAUAUACAAAAGACUACUUGGCAAUACGGUACUGGAUGUUAUUGCGUCGGAGAAACCUGGAGUGUCCUAUGAGACUAAAGGUCUUUUUUGUGGGCUCAAAUUACAUUUCCACCUAGAAGCAGGAGACUUGACAAUUCGAAAACACCUCCCAGCCCUGAAUAAGCAGGAGCUAGCCGAGCAUGAGUUUAUUCCGUUGAAAAAUUUCAUAGGUGAUAUCCCUAUGACGAUACUACAAGGUGGCACACAGUGGCUAGAUUUCAGGAGCAAGAAAAUAAUAUUCUACCAGCAGCCGAAAUGGUGGAAUGAAGCCGAUCCUUCAGAGGAUUGGAUUCUGGAAUUGGUACAUCCGGAUUUCAAUGGUCGACGCAUGCGCCGUAACGGUCACUAUCUUUUGGAUCUCAACCGUAAUAUACACCAGUCUAUCACGGAAAUUCUGAGUCCGAUUGAAGACAGGAACUACAUAGUAGCAACAAAAACCGAUGGGUCGCUAGUCAACUUCUUUUUACCAAGAUAUAAGCUUGACUUUUUCCUCAAUGAAUCCGACUCAAUAGAGUGCCGGAGUAUUCGAGGACUGAUCGUCGAUCAAAACCAGAAUAUUGGGACCUUAAUAGGCCUAAAAAGUUUCUUAAAACUACGACCAAAUGGUAAAGCGUCAGCUCAGGAAUGUAUAUUGCUGCCAUAUGGGAAUAUUAUGACAUACGAAGCGAAAAGUGGACACGCAUCGGUAUGUAUCGAAGCACCAGAAAGCGAUCGCAGCUAUGCUGUCUAUCAUAUCGAUCGUGUUAUGAAUAAGCUACUCGAUGACGGAACCCUGAAGGCACGAUACACACGUUUAUACUUACACGCCGUAUGUGGAGGGAUUCUUCCGGACCCUUUGACAGGACGUACUGGGGUAGCCGAAGCGUUAGAUGGAUUGAGAAGUGCAGCAUCUUUCUCUUUCCAAACACUCCAGAAUACCGAGGCGGCACUUCUGAAGCUGAUCGCCAAGCUAACUCCUAACCGUAGUUUUUAUCCUCCGGGGCGAGAACUCAUGCAGCAAGUUGGAUGGGCGGAAAACCUGCCUGUCUGGGUUCAAAAUGAUAAUUUCUACCCCUUAGCGGCGGAAAUAUUCGAGGACUGGUCAAGCAGACAGUUCCUUAUCGAGAACUCUAUUCAAUUCAAGACUCCGGAGUGCGGUUCCAUCGAUCUUCUAAGCCGAGCGCGGUAUCACAAUAGUGUAUUCGAUGAGGGCGAUAUCGAAAAGAAAAACCGUAUAUCACACUCCUAUUCUCAUCAACUAAGACACACCCCGAAUAGCAAAGAAGCAGAAGUUUACGAUAUUUCAAAAGAUAUUGUUGAGUGGAGCCAAUUCAAUGACUUAGAGUCCAAUCUUGCGGAAACCUUGAUGAACUUGGAGAAACUCAGGGGAGCCGACGCCAGUUUUGCUCCCAGCUACACUCCUGAAGUGUAUGCGUGCGAUCCAAUUGAAAACUGGUGUGACCUCUACACCUGGUGCCAGAAUUGUACACAAAAGGACCGGUUUUACUUACUUUUCACUUUUGGAUCCUGGAUAUACAGAAGCGCCGUGAGCAAGAAGAUCUUGAAAGCCUUCAUCACAAUCGCCGCGAUUGAAAGCCCUUACGAUAUCGAAGUCCCUUCAUACGAAUUAUUUCAACCUCAGAUUGGCCUGUAUCCAGAUCGAUCGUUUAUUGAUACGGCUUUCUACGACUCUAUUAUUACCUUUUGGGAUUCUAAAUACUCAUCUACCUCCUGUAGUGAGGUUCCUAAAUACGCCUGGGAGAGUCAUCAUGAUCAUUCUCGCCGGAAGAAACAAUACUAUGAAGAUGAGCUGACCCGGCAACGAUCGGCAGCCGUUGAUGAGAUCAUGAACCAGUCCAAAUCAGACAAGCCGGGAAAUCCCCGGGGGAGGUACGAUCUCCUAAGAGUUACUUCUGCUAUGCAAACUAUCCGUUCGCGUUUCGAGAUCUGCCGCCAGAACAGAGAACUACACGGGUACCUCACAACACUAGGAAACAGAUUAAAGAGUUUCACGGCUGCAAAAGAGUCCCUUCCCACCUUUGAUACUUCGACGAUAUUACAAGAUCCCCUAGGUGAAAAGCUGCCAGAAAACCGGCUAUCAUGCUCCAUAUCUCUCGAAGAAUUAUUAAACAAUAGAGAAGCACCAAAUUUAUUCACCUUCCAACAGCUUCGAAACGACAAGAUCACGGAAGGCUUUUUUGAGAAUUUGAUGCAACACAUGGUUAUAAGGUCAAAUGAAAACGAGGAUCCUAUCACGCCAAUUAUUCUCAAGCUCAAAGCCUCCACCAAACCUUUCGCCCAGAAGUAUGGCGAUGAUCUAUUAGAGAGCGUUCAAGCUCUUAAACAGUCGGUCCCUGUGGGUUCGUUUGACAUGAAACUAACUCUAAUAGAUUAUUUGUCGAGAUGGACCCUUUGGUACCAAAAUCACACUGCCAUGUGUCUAGAAACACUUCUAGGAACCCUAAAGAGAGCCUUAUCACCGCACACAAUUUAUGAGCAGCUGCUUGAAGCGGCUGGUCUUUGGCCAACAUCAACAAUCUUGGAUAUCAUUCAGCAAUUGCGAUUGAAUAGGAGAAAGGCUCUUUAUCCAGAAUGGCUAAAAGUUUUUAUUUGUUUUGGGGAGGCGAUUACUUGGCUCCAACGAUCCAACAGGCUGUGUCGAUUUGCAAUAAAUGGGGCCUUGCAGGAGAUAGAAAAAGAUGUUCACGGUUUCCGAAGGCAACAUUGGAAGGCAGAGGAUUAUGUAGACUGGCUCCUGUUUGAAAUUGAUUCCGAAAUGAUGAUUCGGCCGAUCCAGGCGAAAAUUGGCCAAGAGAUGAUGAGAGAAGGUAGCACCGGGAACGUAGUGAUGCAAUUGAACAUGGGAGAAGGAAAGUCAGCUGUCAUUAUGCCUGUGGUUACUGCAGCUCUAGCAGAUACUACGAGACUCGUUAGGCCAAUAGUUCUGAAGCCUUUGUCGACACAGAUGUUUCAAAUCCUCGCCCAACGGCUAAGUGGCUUGUGUGACCGAAGGAUAUACUUCCUUCCCUUCAAUCGAGGACUUAAAAUAGGGGCUGAUGACGUCGGGAAGAUAUUCGAGUUAUACAAGCGAUGUAAAUCGAAUGGGGAUAUCCUCCUAACACUUCCAGAGCAUCUACUAUCCUUUAAACUUAUGGGAAUGGAAAAACUACUCCAAAGAAACAGAGAAUUUGCAGACGUUUUGAUAAGCGCACAGGAUUGGCUAGACGAAAACACUAGAGAUGUAUUGGACGAAAGCGACGAGAUCCUUCACAUCCGGUAUCAGCUUAUAUACACAAUGGGCAAACAGCAGGCUCUUGAAGGCGACCAAGAUCGGUGGACACUAAUACAAGAUUUUCUUGAAUACUUGCAAGAGUGCGCAACAGAAUGGUCAGAAAAUUACCCGACUGCUAUUGAAGUUCUGCCACCUAAAGCAGCAAAAGGACCAACCGCUCUUGAAGCUCUACCAACUAACGAAGCAGAAGGACCGACCGCUCUUGAAGUUCUACCAACUAAAGAAGCAAAAUAUCCCACAAUAAGGAUUAUUAGCCAAGAGGUCGGAAAAGAAAUGCUGGAGAGCAUGGCAAAGGAGCUAUGCAUCGACGGUACAACCAGAAUGCCGACGCUUUCGUCCAAGUUACGGCUGCUUCACACCGGAUUACGACAAAAAGUCUUCGAAUUCAUCACAGUGCGCAAUAUAUCUAAAGACUUACAGGAUACCGUUUUACAGGAAUGCAAACAUUUAAAAAUCCAACUUCUCGUACUCAGGGGUCUCAUUGCGGAUGGGGUUCUUUUUUUUAUCCUUCGUGAUAAACGAUACCGGGUGGACUACGGCCUAGAUACCAAGCGUUCUAAACUAGCAGUCCCAUAUAGGGCAAAGGAUCGACCAGCAGUUAAAGCGGAAUUUGGCCACCCAGAAGUCGUCCUAACUCUGACAUGUUUGACUUAUUACUAUGGGGGGUUAGAAGAUUCUGAUCUGGAAAGCUGCUUUGAACUUUUGCUCAAAACAGACGAUCCUGACCUAACAUACGAACGAUGGACAUCGUGGGCUGAAAAAUACGAUGCUGUCAAGCCUAAUCUCUCUAGAUUGCAAGGUUUGAAUCUUUUGGACGAGGAGCAAAAGAAAUCCGAAAUUUUCCCCUUCUUUAAGUAUAACAAGUAUGUCAUCGACUUCUUUCUUUCAGAGCUUAUAUUCCCGCGCGAGGCGAAAGGAUUCCCUCACAAACUCUCAACAAGCGGCUGGGAUAUAGCCCGAGAGAAGAGGAAUAAUACCACUGGAUUCAGCGGAACUAACGAUAAUCGAUAUCUCCUCCCGACCAGUAUAAAACAACUCGACCUUAAAGAGCAAAUGCACACAAAUUCCCUAGUAUUGAUGAAUCUUCUAAGGAAAGAAAAUAAUACUGUCAUAAAAGUGCAUGACAACGGGAAGAGACUGACAGCCAGCGAGAUGUUACGCGAGAUUGUCGGGUUGGACCCCAAAGUUCGAGUCCUGCUUGACGUUGGCGCGCAAAUCUUAGAGUUAGACAAUUAUGGGGUUGCGCGGGAGUGGUUGAAGCUCGAGGAAUCGUCUCAUAUUCACGGUGCGGUAUUCUUCGGGGAAGACGAUGAGCUAUUAGUGCUGAAGAGAGAUGGAAAAAUUGAGCCUUUCGUUUCAUCGAAUCUCUCGAAGCAGCUUGACCAGGCCCUGGUAUAUCUCGACGAGGCCCAUACUCGCGGCACGGACUUAAAACUACCUGUAGACACCCGCGCAGCUGUUACAUUGGGACCUAACCUCGCGAAAGACAAGUUUGUUCAAGGUUGUAUGAGAAUGAGGAAACUCGGGAACGGCCAUUCUCUAGUCUUUCUUGCGCCACCCGAUAUAUACUCUCAUAUUCAACACGAAACAGAAAGGUUAGAAACUGAAAAUGCGGGUGUUUCAGACGUUCUUCUGUGGACCAUGCAAGAAGGUUGUCGCCAAAUACAACAUGGCUUCGCAAUAUGGGCGGACCAAGGAUUUCAGUACUUGAAGCGGAGCCAAGGCUGGAAUGAUUUCCGAGCUGAUGGUGAUAUUGGAGCCCUCGAAAGUGCUAUACAGGAGCCUGAAAGCCGCCCACUCCUGGAAAUGUAUGGGGCCGACGAUGGAUCCUUAAAAGUCGACCACUGCGUUCUAAAUUCCCCGAACGGAAAAGAAAUCACUAGACAACUCGACGAAUUCAACGUUAUUGUGACCAAUAGUGUUAGAGUACAAGAAGAACAGGAACGGGAAGUCGAUCACGAAGUUGAAGAGGAAAGAAAUAUUGAACGACCCAAACCUGCCAAAGCGAUGCAACAUCAACUUGCCGACCAACUCAGAACCCUAGUAAGGUCAGGGAGGUUCCAUCUCAACUCGUCGGUUUUUAGGCCUCCAUUCAGCAUUUUCGCGAGUACGUCGUGCCGGGAAGACCUAGAAGAUUUUGGAGCGGGCCCUUGGGUAGUUCAAUCGUCUCAGUUCGUCACCAACGAUUUUUCUCAAACAAUUGAACGAACAGGAGUAACCAACAUGGAUGAUUACUUGCGACCGGUUCGAUGGAUCCUUGAAUUCCCCCACAACGGGCAACCUUAUCUAGUAUUCAUCAGCCCCUACGAAGCCAACGAACUUAUGGUCGAUAUUAAAGGAUCCCGAUUUGUCCGACUCCAUUGCUACGCCCCAAGGGUAUCCCGCGGCAUGUCUAACUUCGAGUACUUCAGCAUCUGUCCUGUGCAACAACUAUUGAACACCAACCCAAAACUUCCGCUGGACGUAUAUUCACGAAUUAGGUUGAAUCUGUUCGCAGGCCAAUUGUUCUUCGAAAAUGAGCAGUACUACCAAGAUCUUUGCAGAUAUCUUAGCCUAGACUAUGAUGCACAACGCAUCUCAGGGCACGAAGGAAACGAUGGUUGGGUAUCAAACACGGAUGCGGAUGGAGUAUCUGUGCUCCCAUUUAAGCAGAGUCCGAUACCUUUCCUGAAAGCUAUUACAAAGAUGAGAAGAAAGGGCCAAGGGUUUGCUUCAACCCAUCUUGGAGGGCUGUUAGAUUCUCUAGUCUUGAGGAAAGACGAUUUUACUUCACGUUCUAAAGCGUAA